GAUUAUUCGAUAUUUGAUAGAGAAGUUUGGGAAACAAUGCGUAUUGGUACACAGCUCGCAUUCGGAUCGUGCAAAAACGUUAUAAGCAACCGAAAAUUCCUUACCUGGCUCAAGGACCAACACUUUGAUUUGGCAUUUGUGCACGUCUACCAGACUUGUCCAAUAGGACUCGUUGAAAUCGGUCGUAUUCCAACAUGGAUAUGGCUAAAUAGCUCUCCAUUGAUGGAUCAUGUUGCACAACGAGUCGGAGUUCCAACUAUCCCCAGCUAUAUUCCACGUACGUUCUUUUAG